AUGGCCGUCGUUGUCUGUGAGGAAGACUACAGUGAGGAUGAAGAGAUGAUUCUCUCUCUGAUCCGUCAGGACGACACUCAACCCGAGCCGGGCAGCGAGCCGUCCGCUGACUUUUACAGGUGCAGUAAGGACGCGUGGCGCAUGCCAGGUCAGUAUAUCGUUGUGUUGAAGGCUGGAACGCACGAGAACCAGGUGGAGCGUACAGUGCGCAGACUCCGCGCGAAGGCGGCGAAGCACGGUUACCUGAUUGAGGUGAUGCAUACCUACUCCGGAGCUUUCCACGGAUUCCUCGUGAAAAUGAGCAGCGAUGUCCUACACAUGGCGGUCAAGCUGCCUCAUGUGGAGUAUAUUGAAGAGGACUCCUCCAUCUUCGCCCAGGGCAUCCCCUGGAACCUGGCACGGAUUACCCAGAGCAGGCAAGAAACGGGGAAAUACACACCGCCCAAUGAUGGAGGAGAAGUAGGGCUGUAUCUCUUGGACACCAGCGUGCAGACGACUCAUCGUGAGAUUGAGGGGAGAGUAAUGGUGACCGAUUUUAACAGCGUUCCCGAAGAGGACGGCAUUCGCGUUCACCGGCAGGCCAAUCAGUGUGACAGCCAUGGAACUCACACAGCGGGCGUGGUCAGUGGGCGGGACUCGGGCGUGGCACGGGGUGUGAGUGUGAAGAGUGUCCGUGUGCUAAACUGCCAAGGAAAAGGCACUGUAUCAGGAGCGCUCGCAGGUCUGGAGUACACGCGUGCCUCUCUCCUAGCCCAGCCGAUCAGUCCAGUCAUCAUUCUCCUGCCUUUCACGGGGGGGUUCAGUCGCACCCUUAAUGCCGUCUGCCGGGACAUGGUGCGAUCCGGCGCCGUGCUCAUCGCCGCCGCCGGCAACUACCAGGACGACGCCUGCCGCUACUCCCCAGCCUCGGAACCAGAGGUGAUAACUGUGGGGGCCACAAACUUUGCUGACCAGCCUCUGAGUGUGGGUACACUGGGCACUAAUGUUGGACGCUGUGUGGACGUGUUUGCCCCCGGUGAUGACAUCGUCAGUGCCUCCAGUGACUGUCCCACCUGCUUCACCACCAAGAGUGGCACCUCUCAGGCCGCUGCACACGCCGCCGGCAUAGCUGCGGUCUUCCUGAAUGCCAACCCCAAUGCCAGUGCUGCAGAGGUGCUCCAGCUGCUUCGCCAUCACUCUGUCAAGCAGGUCAUGAACCCUGAUGCCUUCCCAGCCGAGCACCGCCUCACAACUCCAAAUAUGGUCACGGCCAUGCCCACUUCCUCCAUGUCCUCAGGUGAGGAGCUGUUGUGUCGCUCAGUGUGGUCGGACAGGUCAGGGGUCGCAGCGUCGGACACAUCGAUGUCACGUUGUCGCCAAGAUGAAGAGAUGUUCAGCUGCUCCAGUCACUCUCCUGACGGAGUGAGGGGAGGAGAGAGAGUGGAGGAGCAAGAUGGGCACAAAGUGUGUGUGGCACACAACGGAGCUGGCGGAAAGGGGGUGUAUGCUGUUGCCCGCUGCUGCACAGGGCACGCGGUGCAAUGCCAGAGCAUUGCCAAUCACCAGCCUGGCGCCGAUGUAGAGUGCGCAAGCCCCCACCACCAUCUCACCGGCUGCAGUUCUCACUUCAUGUCCGGGGACAAGCCUGGCUCCGCACGGCCUCUCCAUGGUAACCGGAGGGUGUGCUCUGCCAGGGAAGGAGCGAGGUCACAUGCAUUCUGUUGCCACGCCCCUGCUCUGGAGUGCCGGAUGAUUGAACACGACCAGACAAGCCCCAGUGAGCAGGCUGAGGUGUCUUGUGAGGACUCGUGGGCACUGACAGGCUGUCACGCCCUCUCCCGCGGUGCUGUCGUUCGUGGGGCGUAUGCCCGAGGAAACACCUGCGUGGUCCAAACCUCCGGAGGCGGUAAUGGGGCCCUAGCCAUUGCCAUCUGCUGCCGGCUCAGCAAGAGCCAAAACCACGCAGACAACGGCCGCAAAUAG